AUGAUUGCCUUUUUGGUAACUGCAACUGUUUUGGGCAUCAGCGGGCUCAUCUCUAAUGGCUUUAUUGUUAUUGUGAUGAUCACUCAAUGGACUAAAUGCAGGAGACUUGCAUCCAGUGAACAACUUCUGCUAAGCCUGGGUCUGUCCAAUUUGUGGGCGACAAUUUCUCUGAGUCUGUUCCACUUCAGUUUCUCAGCUGAAUCUGAUGUCAAUUCAUUAAAUUUCCAAAUAUGGUACUCCUUUUUUUUCUUUUGUAUUACAUUCAGAUAUUGGCUCACUGCCUUGCUAUGUUUCUUCUACUGCAUUAAGAUUGUGAACUGUUCCCAUGCUUUCUUCCUUUGGUGCAAAUUGAGGAUAUCAUGGCUGAUACCCCGGCUUCUUGUGGGAUCUUUGAUCAUCUCCUUGCUUGCUUUCAUUGUGACAUUAAGUACCAGGCAUACACCAUCUCAAGAAAGCCCCACAGCCAAUGCUACAACAGUGACCCAGAGAAAGUCGCUGAAAGACACUUUCAAAAGAUUUGAUGUGUUCUUUCCAGCUCUUGUAUCUGGUUGUCCUUUCCUUGUGGUUUUACUAUGCUCCAUUUUAGUUGUUGCCUCACUCUGUGGGCAUGUCUGCCAAAUGACAAGUAAAGAUUCCCAUCUCAGGAGUUUCCAGACAAAAGCUCAUAUCCAGGCAGCUUGGACUGUGCUCUCUCUGCUAUUACUUUUUCUUUCAUUUUUUGUAGCACAAGUGGUUAUGAUGACUGCACGUUUAGGAUUCAACGAAGAAUUAUUUAUUUCAGCAAUUCUGAUGAUAUACUCUCCAGCUCAGGCUGUCCUUUUGGUGUUGAACAACCCAAAAUUAAAGCAGGCAUUAGCUGUGAUGGUUCAAAGAAAGUAG